GGAGGAGGUUUUGGCUGGAUGACCGAAUGGCAGCUUUUACGCAGAGGGUUGUCUCACCUGCUGAAACGCACUUCUUCUCCAUUCAGCACCACAGAGCCGUCUCUGGCUCUCACCUCCAAUUAACAUCUCUGAGAGGUCAGAGCUCCGUCUCCUCUUUGGGUUUCUUUGGUUCCGUCUGUGGCUCUGGUGUCCGACUCAUACCCUCUGCGAACAAAGCGCAUCCAGAGAACUGAAGCACGGAUUUUUCUUUUAUUUUUCCUAUCUGUAAGUACUCAGGAUAACCAUUUGGCAUUUUUUUGUUUUUUGUAUCUUUUUCCUUCUUAGGCUUGCCUUGUAUGUGUGUGUGGUUCUUCACGCUGGUUAAAGAUGGAUAUGCUUUUUCUGAGCCCGGUGGAAAGGCAUCUCAUUUAGGGAACAGCCGACCCAGAUGCUGGACAAAAAGAAUGGCAAGGUUUUGGAGAGAGCUGGACACGUUAUUGGUUUCCUGGGAGUAGAUCAGGCCUGUGUGGAUGCUUGAAAACACACAAAUCCAAUACUGCAGCACAUCCAAACAUCUCACAGAAUCACUAUAUGACAAAAACAAGUCUGACAACACAGCAAAUACAAUAAAAAACUAUGGAGCACACAGGCAUCGAGGAGGUGAACCAGACGCACCAGCAGCAGCAUGAACCCAUCAGCUUCGGGAUCGACCAGAUCCUCAACAGCUCGGACCAGUCCAGUGGCUGCAUGCUGCCCAACCGGACCGGAGACCCGGAUUACACACUGGCUCCAAAUGUCUACAGCAAUGGUUACAACAGUGUCUACAACCCGGCCUGCUCCAUGGCUGCAGGUCUGGCCGGCUCCUACAAUGUCAACAUGAACAUGAAUGUCAGCAUGAACAUGAACAUGAAUGUCAAUGUGAACUCUGGAGGUGCCGGAGGGGUGAUCCGGGUCCCGGCUCACAGACCGAUGCCUCCUCCUCCUCCUCCUCCAGCCGCGGCCGCUCCUCAUCCUCCCUCCUCUGGGUGCAUCGGACCCGGCAUCGCCUCGGUGCCCGGCAUGGGGAUGGGGAGCUCGGCCAACUUCACCUUCCCGUGGAUGGAGAGCAGUAGGAGGUUUGCCAAGGACAGACUAACAGGGGAGCAGGCAGAGGAAAGCCGAGCCGGAGAGGCCACAGGGGGGCCGGGGCCCGCCGGGUCCCUCUGUCCUCUCCCCAAGGGAGACAUCGGCAGGGUCCCCGUCUGGAGCACUGUGGAGACGUUAGCUAAAUGCUAUUACCCCGAGCUCGCUCACCUGCGAGACGGCGGUGGCCUUCUAGCAGACUAUCCUUUUCCAAAGGGGGCUUGCCCAGCAGCCCUGUCACCCUUCUCCGUGACCCGUCGUAUCGGCCACCCUUACCAGAACCGGACGCCGCCCAAGAGGAAAAAGCCUCGCACCUCCUUCAGCCGGGUGCAGAUCUGCGAGCUGGAGAAACGCUUUCAUCGUCAGAAAUACCUGGCGUCAGCUGAGCGAGCGACCUUGGCCAAGGCCCUUAAAAUGACGGACGCACAAGUCAAGACCUGGUUUCAGAACAGACGGACAAAAUGGCGGAGACAGACUGCAGAGGAGAGAGAGGCCGAGAGGCAGCAGGCCAACCGGCUGAUGCUGCAGCUUCAGCAGGAAGCGUUCCAGAAGACGUUGAGCCAGCCGCUGCAGCCGGACCCCCUCUGCCUGCACAACUCCUCCCUCUACGCCUUGCAGAACCUGCAGCCCUGGGCCGACGACAUUGACGGUCUAAGAGAGAGGAGGGCACUUUAUCCAUAAGUGCCGGGAAACAAAUGGACACCUCUGUACAUGCCCAACUACCAAGACUGCCCCCUCCCCCACCCACCCACCCCCAC